AUGCCUAUUGAACAAUCAGUUAUCGUUCCUGCUUACAAGGAAAAAUUGAACAUUAAACCUUUGACUACGAGACUUUUCGCAGCCCUAGGCAAUGAUGGUUCACGUACCACUGAAUUGAUCUUUGUUGAUGACAAUUCUAGAGAUGGAUCAGUUGAAGAAGUGGAAAAAUUGGAAAAGCAAGGCUACAACGUUAGAAUUAUUGUAAGGACAGAUGAACGUGGACUAUCAUCUGCAGUUCUUAAGGGAUUUUAUGAAGCCAAGGGUGAAUAUUUGAUCUGUAUGGACGCGGAUUUACAACAUCCACCUGAAAGUGUACCACUUUUGUUUCAAUCUUUGAGGAAGCAUCCAUUCGCAUUGGGUACACGUUAUGCACCAGGCGUAGGUAUCGAUAAGGAUUGGCCACUACACCGUAGAGUUAUUUCUACCACCGCACGUUUAAUGGCAAGACCAUUGACUACCGCUUCUGAUCCAAUGAGCGGAUUUUUCGGUUUACAAAAGCAAUACCUGGUAAAAUGUGAUCCAAGAGAAAUUAAUUCUAAUGGAUUUAAAAUUGCAUUAGAAUUAAUGGCAAAAUUACCAUUACCAGAGGGUUCAAAAUUAGGUGAAAUUCCAUUUUCAUUUGGCGUUAGAACUGAAGGUGAAUCCAAAUUGUCAGGUAAAGUUAUCAUUCAAUAUCUACAGCAAUUGAAAGAACUUUACUCUUACAGAUUUGGAUUGGGUAACAUCUUCCUUUUCAUCCUAUGUUGGGCAAUCCUUAUCCUAUACGCUCUAAACGAACUUGCCAAACUUGUCUUGGGUUAG